UCGAAGAAUCAGACCCUCGGCUUUGCAACUUUGAUCUUGACCACGUUAGAAGUACAGUUUGCCGAGGAUCAUCGGUCUUUACUUUGGUGCAGUGAUACUUAAUUUCUAUUGACAAUGGCGCAGAAUAAACUAAAUGAGUUUGCAACACGUUUCGCCAAAAAUCCAAAUGGAUUUUCCCUUGGAGCUAAAUUCCUUGCGGCAGCCGGCGUGGCGGUUUACGGCGUUACGAAAGCUAUGUACACAGUGGAAGCUGGACACAGAGCAAUCAUAUUUUCUCGUUUGGGAGGUAUUCAGGAUGAUAUAAUGACUGAGGGUCUUCAUUUCCGCAUACCAUGGUUCCAUUAUCCAAUUAUUUACGAUAUUAGAAGCAGACCCAGGAAAAUAUCCUCUCCCACAGGAUCUAAAGACUUACAAAUGAUCAAUAUUUCUCUUCGUGUACUUUCUCGACCUGAUGCAUUGACAUUACCUGUAAUGUACCGUCAAUUAGGUCUUGAUUAUGAUGAGAAGGUCCUUCCAAGCAUUUGUAACGAAGUAUUAAAGUCGGUUGUAGCUAAGUUUAAUGCAUCACAGCUUAUUACACAAAGACAGCUGGUUUCAAAUUUAGUAAGAAAAGAAUUAACACAACGUGCUCGUGAUUUUAACAUUGUACUGGACGAUGUAUCUAUCACUGAAUUGAGUUUUGGUAAAGAAUACACAGCUGCUGUGGAAGCUAAACAGGUAGCUCAGCAAGAAGCACAAAGAGCAGCUUUCGUUGUAGAAAGAGCAAAACAAGAGAGACAGCAGAAAAUUGUCCAAGCAGAGGGUGAAGCAGAAGCAGCUAAAAUGCUUGGUCUAGCCGUUGGCCAGAAUCCUGGUUACCUAAAGCUAAGGAAAAUUCGGGCAGCACAGACUAUUUCUCGCACAAUCGCUGGAUCACAGAAUCGCACUUACCUUAGCGGUAAUAGCCUAAUGUUGAAUAUUCAAGACCCUUCGUUUGAUGAUUCAUCGGACAAACUUAAAAGUAAGAAAUAAAGGCAACGUGAAAUUUUCUCACAUUUAUUCUUUUUCAUUAUAACAAAUGUUAUAUACAGCAUAAGAUGAUUUCCAAUGUUACAUAUGUAGAUACUUACAAAGAGUGUCAAUAAGAUUCAUUUUAGAUG